GGGAGCGCGAGCCAGCGGAGACUCUGGCCGCUGUCGCUAGAGGAAGGGAGUGAUUAGUGGCUGGGACUGGAGGGGGCUGGCAAGGGAAGACACAGGAUGGCUUAGAAGCCUCUGCCCACAGGACCUCACGGGCAGGGAAAGGCUCUAGUCCAAGGCUGCUGUGAUGGCUGAGGCUGGAGGGUCCCCUCAGGGGCCCUGAACGCGUUGGCACUGCCUCUCAGGGACACCCUGGAAGUUAGCAUCAGUGGGACUUGGAAGCUCUGAUCUCAACAACCAUGGCUGGCGAUUCCAGGAAUGCUAUGAACCAGGACAUGGAGAUUGGGGUCACUCCCAGGGACCCUAAGAAGAUUCCCAAACAGGCCCGCGAUUAUAUCCCCAUCGCCACCGACCGCACGCGCCUGCUGGCAGAGGGCAAGAAACCCCGGCAGCGCUACAUGGAGAAGAGCGGCAAGUGCAACGUCCACCACGGCAACGUCCAGGAGACCUACCGCUACCUGAGCGACCUCUUCACCACCCUCGUGGACCUCAAGUGGCGCUUCAACCUGCUCGUCUUCACCAUGGUCUACACCGUCACCUGGCUCUUCUUUGGCUUCAUCUGGUGGCUCAUUGCUUACAUCCGGGGUGACCUGGACCAUGUCGGGGACCAGGAGUGGAUUCCCUGCGUUGAAAACCUCAGCGGCUUCGUUUCUGCCUUCUUGUUCUCCAUCGAGACCGAGACCACCAUCGGGUACGGCUUUCGGGUGAUCACCGAGAAGUGUCCAGAGGGCAUCGUCCUCCUCCUGGUGCAGGCCAUCCUGGGCUCCAUCGUCAAUGCCUUCAUGGUGGGCUGCAUGUUCGUGAAGAUCAGCCAGCCCAAGAAGAGAGCGGAGACCCUCAUGUUCUCCAACCACGCCGUCAUCUCCCUGCGGGACGAGAAGCUCUGCCUCAUGUUCCGGGUGGGCGACCUCCGCAACUCCCACAUCGUGGAGGCCUCCAUCCGCGCCAAGCUCAUCAAGUCCCGGCAGACCAAGGAGGGAGAGUUCAUCCCCCUGAACCAGACCGACAUCAACGUGGGCUUCGACACGGGGGACGACCGCCUCUUCCUGGUGUCCCCACUCAUCAUCUCGCACGAGAUCAACGAGAAGAGCCCUUUCUGGGAGAUGUCGCGGGCCCAGCUGAAUCAGGAGGAGUUUGAGGUCGUGGUCAUCCUAGAAGGGAUGGUGGAGGCAACGGGAGUCUCAGCAGCAGCUGUGGCCCUAAGGCUCAUGCCAAGAAAACUCACCUGGGCUCAGAAUGGCAUGACUUGCCAAGCACGGAGCUCCUACAUGGACACCGAGGUGCUCUGGGGCCACCGAUUCACACCAGUCCUCACCUUGGAAAAGGGUUUCUACGAGGUGGACUACAACACCUUCCACGACACCUAUGAAACCAACACACCCAGCUGCUGUGCCAAGGAGCUGGCAGAAAUGAAGCGGGAAGGCCGGCUCCUGCAGUACCCUCCCCAGCCCCCCACUGCCAGGAGGCUGUGCUGGAGCAGAGCUGGAAGCAGAGGCUGAGCAGCAAGGAGAGGAUGAGCCUGAGGGUCUGAGGGGGUCCCGGGAGACCAGGGACUCAGUGUGAGGACUGAACUCUCCCCAUGACGUCCCGCCCCGUCACCGGCUUCUUACAAGUGCAGAUACUGCAGGGCUGGGGGCGGAGGAGGCAGUGAAUGGCUAAAUGUGCUGUUUGGGGGGUGGGUGGGGCAGGAGUCAUUAUGUCUGUGUGGGGAGGAGCCAUAUACCCAGUCCCAGAACCUCCCAGCUCGAGACCUCCCCGAGCAGGUGGCCUUUUGCCUGGACCUCUGUGACACAGCUGCCUCCCCUCUCCCAGUCUGUCACACUGGUGGAGGGCCAGGCCAGAGGGGCGUCCCCACACUGAAAAGUACAAGUGGCUUCUGUCCUCACACAUCUCUCUCUGCCACCUGGCCUGGAUCACCUUUCUCUUUGAGUAUCACAGACCAACUGGCAGCCCCUCCGGGACAAACACCCAGAGAGGGCCAUCCCCCAUCCCCCCUCCCCCAAAUCCCUACCAUCCCGGGGCUCGUUGUAGACUCAGGGCAGGAAGCUCAACCCGCUGGUGCUAGGGGGAGCUUGCAGACCUUGAGGUUUCAAGUUGAUCCAAGCCACAUCCUUUCAAACCCGAACCCAGUGUAUAACCCACUUAGAGAGCCACGGAGCACAAAGCCCCCGCCGACCUCUGCCAUUAUCUGCGAGGCGUGCGUUUUCCCCUGCCGUGUUCUGUGUGUCAAAGGUAGCCCUGGGAGCAUCACUCUCUUUUGGGUGACCCUGAGGCAGGGCCUGGGCCACAGGGCACCUCUGAUACAUGCAGAGUGGCCCUUGGUCCCUUCCUGGCCACCCCAACCGCACUGUGCCCACACCUCCCCCAAAGCGAGGCCUCCAGCAGUUGGGUCUUCACUAGUGCUUUUGGCCCAGGAAUCUCCAAGAAGUGCCAAGCUUCACCGUGCUCUCCUGCACAGCCUCAGAGAGCCUGCGGGGUGGUCCAGGGUGAAAGCUGAGGGUAGGGCGAGCCAGUCGGAGCUGAAACAGGAAGAGGGAGGGAAGAGACACAGAGAAAGGCAAGCAGCUAGAAUCUUUAAAUAAGCAUCAUUGCCAUUUGUCGCUGAUUCCAAUCUUCGUUCCCAGGCCAAGUGUGGAUGUGAAUGGUGCAAGGUGAGAGGUGCCUGCAAGGGCAGCAUCAGCUUCGAGCCCAGGCUGAGUGACUCUCAGCUGGUGCAGAGCCCCCUGGGUCUAAUGAGGGCUUGGGGCAGGGCAGGAGAGCAGAGAUGGUGGCCACAAGAGGGGAGGCCACCCCCUCUUGCACCCCCAUCUUGCAAACAUGGAGAAUCUGGGAGGGGGUGACCAUUAAGUGGAGAGAAGCCUUAAAAGCAACAGUGGCAGAGGGUCUUCCUUUCCAGUCUGGAGGCCCAGGAAGGGGAUGGAGAGACGGUGCACCUGUCGCAGCCACAGGGCAUGUCAGGCACGUGUUGAGGCUAGGCUUCGGAUCAGCUGCUCUAGACCUGGAGAGAUGGCAGAUCUUCUGGCCACAGAACUGGGGCAGCCUCGCUCACAACUGCACGCCUCUCAGCUGGCCUUUGAAAAUGGAAGCCUUUUCCUGCGCCGGGCUCGAAGCAUCUUUCCUGGGAGUAAGAAUGGAAGUUAAGGCUGAGCAAAAGGGAUUGAGUUUGGUCUCGGGCUAGAUUUUCCAUGUCCUGGGAUUGGAGAGAAGAGGACGCAGGGGGCCACACUUAAGGGAGGGGGACCCUGGUCCUCGGGCGCAUAGGCUGGAUCUGGAGAGGUGGGCGCUGAGAAGAGGUGAGUGAGCAGGUGGGAGGGGUCCUUUUUCCGACAGAGGUGUGGUGCUGAGUCCUGGCCCCAGGCAUCCUUCCAUGGUGAAGCCAGGGGAACGGAGUGUGGGCUGGAAUCCUGCCCUCCGGGAAAAGGGAAGCAGGCAGCUUGGAGCACCCUAGGGGGAACCUCUGCAGUCAGGGAUCUAAGGCAGGGAGCCUAUUACCAAGACUGGCCGCCCAGUGGGUGGAGGAGCUACAGCGGCACUGUCAGGUGUCAGCCCAGGCCCUCCAGAUCCAAGGCUUGUACCGCAGGACUAUUUCCUCCUCACCUUUGGCAGAUCUAAAUCCUGCCUUAGUCAAAACCGCUCAGUGCCUGCAGGUGUAGCCCCCUCAGGGAGGCAGCUCUGCAAGGAUGGGAAACCACAGGAGAUGCUGGCCCUGCAGCAGGAUCCUGAGCCUGUGUCACCCCCGUUUCCACUUGGCAUCCCCAGCUGGCUGAGUGCACCACUCUCCUGUUUCCUGGCUCCACAUCGCUUGGCUCAGCCAACUUCAGAAGCCGUGGGAGCCACAGAAGAGGAGGAGAUCAGUACGAUCCUACUCCAAAGCCCUGUGAUGAGCGGAGCCCCUGGUACUGGGAUCAGGCAGGUAGUAAUUAAUCCAGGGUGCAUGUGAGCUGCUUUCUCUCCAGAAAAUUCCAUCGAAAGAAGACCCCCCACUUUGUAUACCAAGGCAAUCCUUCUUGGUGGCCAGUUGUUCUAACUAAAGUUUGAAAUCUUCAAAUCAUUUUCUGGAUGUUCUCAUAUAAGCACAGACUCGUUCAAUGGAAAGUCGGAUGAGGGCCUCAGUAGAUCACUUUAAACCCCGUAUAUCUGCCCACAAGCCACCCCUGGGUCCUAGCCCUGCGCUGCAGGGCUCUGAGCCCACCCAUCACCUCUGAUGGGCCACAGAGAGGUGAGCUAGGCUGUAAGGUGACUUCCUACAGGCCUCGUCAUCUGUAAAGUCCCAAAGAAUGUUCUCACGGAUCAGACCCUAAAAGAGUUGGUAGCUAAUUUCCUGCCUCAGCUUCCAUGACCUUCCUCUCUGGAACUGUCCCCUGUAAAGGAGAAGCAUCUGGGAGCCCAGAAGAAAGUAUCUUCUCCCUAGUUGUCCUCUCCCCAACAAUCUACCACCUGCUAGGUCUUCAGGCCAUGCUGAAAGGCCCUGUUCCCAGGCCAGAUGGAAUGGGCUCUGCCGGUGACUCUCUACUCCUGACGCUGCCUCGCUGUGAAGUCAGAGCCCCUUUCCUGCUUCCAAAGUCAUUUCCUGCUGCUGCUCUGAGAUCCUGGCUGGAGCAGCUGGCCAGAGGGGAUGGAGCCUUAUCUGUCUAGAGAGAGCCCUCCUCCUUGCAAUCAGUAACAACCGGGCCCCGCCCCUGCCUUCCAGCACCCCUCAGCUCUGUGCCUGCCGUGGGCUGGGAGCCACAGAAGCUGGAAUUUGGGGUAUUGAGGUUGCCAAAAGCUAAACCAAACCAAAAAAAAAAAAGUUGCCUGUUGUUGUCUAAGAAUACACCCUGAGGGAGUUCCCGCUGUGGCUCAGCAGGUUAAGAACCUGACUAGUGUCCAUGAGGACUGGGGCUUGAUCCCUGGCCUCGCUCAGUGGGUUAAGGAAGGAUCUGACGUUGCUAUGAGCCCUGGUAUAGGUCGAAGACCUGGCUUGGAUCUGGCAUUGCUGUGGCUGUGUUGUAGGCCGGCAGCUGUAGCUCCUAUUCCACCCCUAGCCAAGGAACUUCCAUGUACCACAGGUGCAGCCCUAAAAAAAUUAAAAAAAAUAUAUAUAUAUGCCCUGAACACAUCUCUGCGCAAACAGCAUUUACUGCCCACCUACUAUGUGCCUGGCAAUGGUUUAGGUCUUUGCCUGGGAGAUUGCCCUUAAUUCUCAAAACACCGCAGUUAGGCUUAGUAACCCCUUGUUACCAAUGAGAUAAGUGAGGUUCAGAGAGGUUAAUUAGUUUGCUCAAGGCCACAAAUAAUCAGGAGGCAGGGCCUCUAUGCCCAGCAGAGCCUCGCAAACAAACACAGAUGGGCCAUCAUCCUGCACGACCCCGCCCCUGGGCAGCACCUGCGGGGUGGGAGGGGGUCAGGGUCCCCGCAGAAAUAAGGACGCCUGACCUCUUCAGCCCGCCCCGGGGUGUGCUGUACUCUGAACUGUCCGCUUCCACCCACCAGCAACGUUCUCCCGAGGCAGGAUAAUUGGGAAACACCUUUUUCUGAUUCCCAGAGAAUUAAUGAGCUGUGAAGAGAUUAGAUGGGGAAUUAUUGCUUUCGGGAAGAAGUCACUUAUUCUGCUUGGCUUGGUUUUUGCUAACGACAUCUCCUCAAACUGUGUGUCAAGUCUCUUUCUCCCUGUGUAGAAUUUGUCAAUCUUCUGAUUAAAAAGAACGUCAUUGCCCUGCUAAAAAGUCAUCCAAUAAAGUGGAUUUGAUCUUA